CUCACUGGCUGUCGCAUCGCAUCGCUUCCUCCUCCCUUCCUCCACCAUAUUACAUGCGCUCGGAACAAGCAAUAGGUCUAACUGGAAGUCUGACAGGGUCUCAAUGCGUCCAUGGAAAGGAACGGUUUCAACGGUGACGGCUUCGGAUAUCUACAAAAUCCCACCUGGUGGGCUGGUAUAACGACAAUGGUACUCGGCGAGAUAUUCAACUUUGCAGCGUACGCAUUCGCGCCCGCCAUUCUUGUCACGCCACUGGGCGCGCUUUCAGUCCUCAUCGGCGCAGUUUUGGGCUCAUACUUCCUAAACGAACAAUUGGGGCUGCUAGGAAAAAUUGGCUGCGCCAUAUGUCUAAUCGGAUCAGUCAUUAUUGUGCUGCAUGCGCCGCCGGACAAGGAAGUCGAGUCAGUCGAGGAGAUCUUGCACCUUGCUUUACAGCCUGGCUUCCUGUUCUACUGCGCCUUCGUAGCCGUCUUCUCCAUCUUCAUGAUAUACAAGAUCGCUCCCAAAUACGGCCGCAAAAACCCCCUCAUCUACCUCUCCAUAUGCUCUACCACAGGCUCAGUCUCCAUCAUGUUCAUCAAAGCGUUUGGCAUUGCGCUUAAGAUGACUUUUGCAGGGAAUAAUCAAUUCACGCAUCCGUCGACGUAUGUAUUUGUGAUUAUGGUUGCGGGCUGCAUUUUGACGCAGAUGAAUUAUUUUAACAAGGCGUUGAGUCAGUUCUCGACAAACAUUGUAAACCCCCUCUAUUACGUAUGCUUUACAACUUGCACCCUCGUCGCCUCCUGCCUCCUCUUCCAAGGCUUCAACACCACAUCCGCUGUAAACACAAUCUCUCUCCUUUGUGGCUUCCUCAUCAUCUUUUCCGGUGUCUACCUCUUAAAUCUCUCUCGCGAAGACCCCAACGGCAACAGGCAUCUCGGCUCGCAGUUUACGGACGGCGCUCCUUCGGAUGCAAUCUCGGGCUUCCCGACGAGGAGGAGUAUGCAGGCAAGGAGGAGCGAAGAGCUCAUGAACGAACGGUACACCAAUGGCGUUGCGCGCGAGGCGCGAGCGAGUUAUGCGGACAGAGGGGAUACGGCUGCCUUGAUGCAUGAUUAUGAUGUAGAAAACCAAUUUGAGCUGGGGGAUUUGGCAGACAGUGAAGAGGAGGGUCGAAGCACGAAGAGAGCGAGUCUCGAUGAGGACGCGAGAUUAAAUGCCAGGUUAAGCGGGACAGGUCGAGGAAGGGUGCAGAAAGAGCCGGUGCAACCAAAGCGCACCUCGUCACUUCGGUAGAUGGAGCUUUGCGGAUCGCGCAAAACAGUCCCACUGUAUGAAAAAGAGGGGGUAUGGGUAUAGAGCGGAUACCGCAUGGCUGGUCUGCGCGGUUUCGGAUUCGGGGUUUGGUAUCGCUUUGCGGCGUUUGGAGUUCAUCAGGAAUUGCACUACGCUAUGAAGGGACGUCUGAGGGACAGGAGCUGUGUAUUUGUACGAUGAUCGCAUGACAUUCAUACCCAGGUGUUACGGAUGAAUUGGCAUCUGCUCUAAGCAGAACCGGAAUAUGAUAGGACAUUUUUGUCGAUUCGAACCCUACGCAAGUGUAUGAACAGGUGAAAUGGACCUACUAAAUUACACCAAGACUUCUAUAAACCUAUGAACAUACCCGUAACCUAAGCUCUUAUCCAUGCCCACGUAUCACCUUCGACGCGACUUCCGUAACUAAGCCCAGCAACGUGACUGCGCGAACGCGCUAAGUACUUUUGGGCCUAGACGCGCACUUCUCAAACAA